ACAUUUUACGAUUGCACGUGAAUUUUUUUGGCUUACUUUUUCUAGAAAACUUUAUUGCUAAACGAUGUCGGAGAAAGAAAACAUUCUCAACAACACCGCAGGUGGUUCCCCCGCGGAAGAGGACAAGCAGGAGGAGAAAGAGCAGGAGAAGGAAAAGCAGGAAAAGCCGGCAAAGAAAAAAUCUGAGGAGGCCGGUUCUUCACCGCCACCAAAGCGCAUGCGAGUCGACGAUCCGGCCUGCGGAGAGCUGGUUCGGCUGCUCGUCGAGUUGGAUGUACAACAGGCAGAGCUGGAAUUGAGCGCUAGUGGCUGCGACUCAGGGAAUCUUGGUGGCGCUGGCGGCAGCAAUUCCAAUAAGACCCAACUGGAGUCCCAAGAGAAAGAGCAGGAUCAGGAAAAGCAGGAGGAGGAUGAAAAAGAGCAGGAGCGGGAAGAACAGAAGGAUGAAGAGCAGCAGGAGGACGAGAUGGAGGAAAGUGGCUCCUCAGACGGCUCCUCCAGCAGUUAA